AUGACAGAACGUGUUUUCAUGGCUCUUGGCACAAUAGAUGAUGUGCUAGCCAAUCAGAAACGUCAGUAUUUCAGCCAAAUGCAGUCUGCCAUUAGCCACUGGGAUUAUUUAAAGCAAAAAGAUAUAAUAGAAUUUGAAUCCCUAUUAAAGCAGAUGCUGUGUGUUGAUUCAAAGGACAGAAUUACUCCAGAAGAAGCUCUAAACCAUAAUUUUAUUAGCAUGAAUCAUCUUUCUAAAAGCGAAGCACAUCCUUAUGUAAGAUCAGCACAUAGACUCAUGUCUGUCUGCCAAGACACUGAAAAUGGAAAAUCUGCAACCACAAAUAACAAAACUGACCAUACGGAAACUAGUACAGACAUUUCAGCAUUUAGUGCAGCAAAGCUAACUGCUCAAAAAUCUGCAGAAACACAGAAUACUUAUGAACUGACUGAGCGUGAAAAACAGUCACCGGCGCAAAACUCUCCAAAAAAACAUAAGACUCAAGAAACUGUUAUUCACGUGAAACCCUAUAUUCCCGUUGACACUGAGACCAACAGUAAAGCCUCAGAAUGGGUCGUAGAAAGCAGCAGCUCUUCUGGUGGAAAAAACAUGGAAGCUUCAACAAAGCCAACCUCAUGCAAAAAGAAGAAAGUUCCUCGCUCUUCACCUGUGGAAAAGACUCAGCAUGAAGUACAGUUACCAGCGCAUAACACACCUAGAAUACUAAAACCUCAAGAAACUGUCAUUCAUGUGAAGCCCUGUAGUCCAGUUGAAAAUCAAAGAUCCAAAAGACCACUCAAAGUGGAGACUGAGACCAACAUUAAAGCCCCAGAAAGGAUCGUAGAAAGCAGCAGCUCUUCUGGUGGGAAAAACAUGGAAGCUUCAACAAAGCCAACCUCAUGCAGAAAGAAGAAAGUUCCACGCUCUGCAGCUGCGAAAAACACUGAGCGUGAAGAACAGUCACAGGCGCAAAACUCUCCAAAAAAACGUAAGACUCAAGAGACUGUUAUUCACGUGAAACCCUAUAUUCCCGUUGAGACUGAGACCAACAGUAAAGCCUCAGAAUGGGUCGUAGAAAGCAGCAGCUCUUCUGGUGGAAAAAACAUGGAAGCUUCAACAAAGCCAACCUCAUGCAAAAAGAAGAAAGUUCCCCGCUCUGCAGCUGUGGAAAAGACUCAGCAUGAAGUACAGUUACCGGCGCAAAACUCACCUAGAAUACUAAAACCUCAAGAAACUGUCAUUCACGUAAAGCCCUAUAGUCCAGUUGAGAUUCAAGGAUCCAAAAGACCACUCAAAGUGGAGACUGAGAUCAACAUUAAAGUCUCAGAAAGGAUCGUAGAAAGCAGCAGCUCUUCUGGUGGGAAAAACAUGGAAGCUUCAACAAAGCCAACCUCAUGCAAAAAGAAGAAAGUUCCCCGCUCUGUAGCUGUGGAAAAGACUCAGCAUGAAGUACAGUUACCGGCGCAAAACUCUAAGGGGAAAACUAAAAAGUCAUUCAUGUCAAGAAUUACAGCACUGUUUUCUAGAAUAUGGCCAUUUUCCAAAAAAUAAGUUUACUGUAUUAAAACAUAAUUUGGGAAAAAAAGAGCCUUAUUAGAUUAAUAUGGUCCUUAGUAAAAUAAAU